AUGGCGAGUCACCCAGAAAAGCUGGCGGACCGGCUGGAUGCUGUGCAAGCAUCCUCCGCCUCCAGUGCCACCCAACAAGAUAUUCUGACCGACGUGCCCAUGUGUGAAAAGGGCGAUGACAAGGACAGCCAGCUGGAGAACGCCGGCCCCGAUGGCCGGAUCGAGCUCACAGAGGAUAUGUGCUACGAUCAACUCGGAUACUCAUUCAGUGAGACCCGCAAAUGGUUGAUCAUCUCCGUCAUUUUCCUCGUCCAAGUCUCCAUGAACUUCAACACUUCACUAUACUCGAAUGGCCUCGGGGGUAUCUCGGAGGAGUUUGGCGUCUCCAUGCAGGCUGCCAGGUGCGGUGCCAUGAUCUUCCUCGUUCUCUAUGCGUUCGGCUGUGAGCUGUGGGCGCCGUGGAGUGAAGAACUGGGCCGAAAGCCGAUCCUGCAGGCGUCGCUGUUCCUGGUCAACGUCUGGCAGCUGCCUGUUGCGCUGGCGCCCAAUUUCACCUCUGUCAUGGUUGGCCGUGCUCUGGGCGGUCUCUCCUCGGCCGGUGGUUCCGUCACUCUGGGUAUGAUUGCUGAUCUCUGGGAAGCCGAUACCCAGCAGUACGCCGUCGCAGCGGUCGUCUUCUCCUCCGUCGGUGGUUCCGUUCUUGGUCCCGUUAUUGGUGGUUUCGUUGAGGCGUUCCUGCCAUGGCGCUGGAGCAUUUGGAUUCAGUUGAUCUUCGGCGGUUUCGUACAAAUCAUGCACUUCCUGGUCGUACCCGAGACUCGAACCACUGUCCUGAUGGACCGCAUCGCCAAGAAGAUGCGCAAGAGCGGCGAGCACCCCAAUAUCUACGGCCCCACGGAGGGCAUGUCCUUCCGCGAGCGUUUCCCGCCUCGCGAAUUGAUGAUGACCUGGAUUCGCCCAUUCAAGAUGUUCCUGACUGAGCCCAUCGUCCUGUCCCUGGCACUUGUUUACGGCCAGUGGGGUUUCAACACCUGGGAGAAGGGUCUGGCGUUCAUUCCCAUCGUCAUCGGCUACUUCAUCGCCUGGUUCUCUUGGUUCCCCAUCAUCCGCCGCAAUGUCGCUGAGCGCCGCGAAAAUCCCGACAGUGAACGGGCGCAAUACGAGUCUCGUCUGUGGUGGUUGCUGUACACGGCCCCCUGCUUGCCUAUCGGUCUGAUCGGUUUCGCUUGGACCAGUCUCCCUCAGUGCCACUGGAUCGGAUCGAUGAUCUUCGCUGCCAUCAUCGGUAUUGCCAACUACGCGAUCUACAUGGCCACAAUUGACUAUAUGAUCUGUGCCUACGGCCCGUACUCCGCAUCUGCCACCGGUGGUAACGGUUGGGCGCGUGACUUCCUCGCUGGUGUCCUGACUAUUCCUGCGACUCCUUUCUUUGAGAACAUUGGCGGCGAGCGCCAUUUAGAGUAUGCCUCUACUAUUCUGUUCUGUAUCUCGGUACCGCUCGUGGUUGCCGUCUACAUUAUCUACUGGAAGGGCCCCGAACUCCGAAAGCGCUCUCCCUUCGCCCAGCGCCUCUCGGAGGCUCGCCAAGAUCUGGACAUGCACAUUCAGAGCCGUCGCCAGUCCAAGGUCCCCGAGGCGUCCCGCGCCAACUCCUAUGCGCGAUCCCAGCAGGAUCUUCGCAUCCGUGGCAGCCGUCCUGGCUCGCGGGUCAACUCCCGUGCCAAUUCUCGCGCCAACUCCCGCGCCAACUCGCGUCGCAACAGCAUGGCUGCGUAA